AUGGCCUCACCAACAACAGCCGGCGGUGGCACCCCGCCAUUGGCAGUCACGUACGAGGGUUUCGUCGGAACCACGAUGGAUGCUCUCAUCCUGUUCGAGGCCUGUCUACAAGGCGCUCUAUACCACGUCCCGCGCCGACCCCACGACCGCGAGCGGGAGACACUGAUCAGGAGCGGUGCCGUCUUCGUGUACGAGGAGCACUCGUCGGGCAUCAAGAGGUGGACGGAUGGCUACAACUGGAGUCCAAGCCGGAUACUCGGCAACUUUCUCAUUUACCGCGAGCUGGAGGGACCAUUUCCCCCCGGAGAGAAGAAGAGGGCACGCAAGCCCAAGAAGAACACGCCCUCUAAGACGGCCGAGAACGCGAGAGCAGCGGCUGCCAUAGGCGCGGCAGCCAGCCAGACCACCGGUCUGGAGGAGGGAGAGCAGAGCAGAGCCGAGUCAGAGCGAUCGCUAAUCGGGUCGCUGAUCGACUCGUACCCCUUCAAGGAGGGCGGCCUGGUCAAGAAGACCAUCAGCGUUCAAUGGCAGGGCGUGCCUCACCACCUGGUUUCGUACUAUAAGGUGGACGACGUGCUUGCCGGCAAACUGGUGGCGCCCUCAAGUCACCCAAGAUUCAACCGCCUCAUCCCUCGUGCCGCACUCUUCAGCCAGCAAAACUUCCGCAAUCCCGUCUCGGACUCGGACCCUAGAUUAAUGUCACAGUUCCACACGGAGCAGCCGACUGCAUACGAUUUUAUGCACCCUCAAGGUGGCAUGCCCAUGCCCACGCAAGCGCCUCGAUCCAUGUCUGGGGGCGGCAUCCCAGUUCUCCCGACGGAUCAUCUGUACCGACAGUCGACCUUUCCGCAGGUCCCCCACGUGCAGCAUUCAGUCCCCUUCACACUCCAACAACACAUGCAGCCCAUGAUGACAAUGGGACACUCGUUUCAAGGCCAUAGCCACUACGAGCCACAGCAACAUGGCCAUUUCGAUGAAGCAGACGGCGCACACUACGACGCGCAUAACGGCCACUACGAGGCCCAGAACAGCCACUACGGAACCCACAGCGGGGCGGCAACAUUCCCUGCGUACGACAAUGGGAUUGGCAUGUUCCCCAUGGCCCAUCACGAGGGCGACGGCCAAGAUCGCAGCGGCGACAUGGGCCCAGAGGUGUUUAUGGGUACCAUGCUGCCUCCCAGCAGUCACUAUACUAGCUGAUAUAGAAGAGGCGGGGGGAUGAUUGACUUUUGGGGGGUGGGGGGGAAUAGGCGUCCAAAGGUGGGCCUGCAGUUACACGAGACCAGAUGCUCGAACCUACUAGGGAUUGGAGUUUGGCCAGAGGCCGGUUUGCUGCCAAAGGUGGCUGGGUGUGCUUUCAAUACGGCCCGUUUUGGGCCUUGGGGGGAAUAACCACAGUUAGUUCUAGCGUUUUCGGCUUUGAAUGGGCUUCAUGUACAAUACAAAAGGGGUAAAGUAAGAUCUUUUGACUUUCAGCGACUAGGAUAUAUAUUUUUAAGAACAACAAUCAUGACAGAAUCCCAAGA